AUGUCCAUAAAAAGUAUAUGCUACUUAGGAGAAAAUGAUGAAAUACUAUUUUUUUAUUCCACGGAAGAACGAGAUGAAAUAACGUCGCGGUUUGCUAUCUAUUCAACGUUGAACAAUAUUAAAAAAUUAGUUGAGUCAAAUGAAAGGAAGGGCAGCGAAAAGAAGUAUGACCCAUAUCUAGGAUAUGUUGGAGUUAACCUUUCUCUGUUCAGUUCAUAUAAAAAUUACGCUUAUGUAAUUAAAAUCAUAAAUUUUAAGAUUAUAUUAACCAUAGAUGAUAAUAAAAAUAAGUACACUGAUGAUAUUAUUAAAUCGAUAUUCAUAAAACUGCACAAAAUUUAUGCUGACGCGGUUUGCAAUCCAUUUUAUGUGGAACGUUUAGAGAAUGACUCCUUUUUGAAAAGAAUUAAAAAAUUAAUGGAGACAUCGUAA